AUGGCUACAGCAGUAUUGCAGCCAGUAGCUGGCUACUCGGACGCCUUCAAAAGUGCUUCCAUCGAGGUCUUGGAGCGCGAGGCUACUCCCGAGCUGGACUUGGAGACGCAGGAGCCACGGACGAUCGACGAGCUGAUCAAGUUGCGAGCACGACAAUCUGGUUGUGAUGACCCAAUCAUUUCGUACCCCGAUGAAGGAACGACCUACAUCGACUACUCGCCUAAGGACCUGGACCGUCUCGUUGAGCAGGCCGCACAUCUCUACUCAAAUGUUGUGCCCCAAAGAAUGACCUCGAAUGAUCCAGUGCAGGUUGUCGGCCUUCUGGGCGACUCUGAUUUGAGCUACCUCAUAGCGCUGCUGGCUAUAUCGAGGCUUGGCCAUACAGCUCUUCUUCUCUCUACCCGGAUUACAGACGAGGCAUACGAAUCACUUCUGUCGGCUACGAAGGCUACGGCUCUGAUUUACCAGUCCACGUUCAAGGGAGCUGAGCGGAAAGUACUCAAAGUGCUGCCACAGCUAAACACGGCAUCCAUCGUCGAGCACGCGGCAUUAGCAGAUCGCAGUGCUGACCUUAAAGCAGCGACACUGGAUCCGCUUCGAGAGACCAAGAACGGAUCUUUCAUCAUCCACUCCAGCGGCUCCACUGGCUUGCCUAAGCCGAUCUACCAAACACAUAGUGCUUCGCUGUACACAUACUCACAGCACUUCAGCCUAGUCGGUCAUCUGACAUUACCGCUCUAUCACAACCAUGGCAUAUGUUGUACCUUCAGAGCCAUCCAUUCUCGGCGCAAGAUCUAUCUCUACAAUGCCCGGCUUCCCCUGGCCUCGUCACAUUUGCUUGCGACACUUCGCGAACAUCCCGACAUCAAGAUUCUGUAUGGUGUACCAUAUGCCCUCAAGCUACUUGCCGAAACGGAAGAAGGCUCUGAGCUAUUGAGUCGCCUUGACAUCGUCAUGUUUGGUGGAUCUGCGUGCCCCAAGCCGGUUGGUGAUAGUCUUGUCCGGAACGGAGUCAAUCUGGUCGGUCAUUACGGAGCAACUGAGGUCGGUCAACUCAUGACAUCCUUCAGGGACUUCAAAAGCGACAAGCUGUGGGACUGGCUACGAGUUCCGGAGAAGCUUCUGCCAUAUCUCAGUAUGGAACUCCGUGGCCCGAACUUGUAUGAGUGUUGCGUCAAGCAAGGCUGGGGCUCGAAAGUUGCCACAAAUCGUGACGAUGGCUCGUACGCAACCAAAGAUCUGUUCACGCCACAUCCAACUGUGCCAAACGCAUGGCAGUACUACGCACGCUUGGACGAUACGAUUGUACUGGAGAAUGGCGAGAAAGCAAAUCCUUUGCUGGUCGAAGGUGUGCUGCGGCACAAUCGCAACGUCGCAGAAGCUGUCGUCUUUGGUGCAGGCAAGCCACGCCUAGGUGCUUUCAUCAUCCCAAAGCCCGACUCAGAUCUGACCAGCGCACAAGUCAUUGAUUCUGUGGUACCUGCCAUCGAGGAGAUGAACAAGGCUCUACCAGCCUACUCGCACCUGUCGAAGGACAUGAUCAAGACUUUGCCGCAUGAUGCUGACUAUCGACGUACGGAUAAAGGCACUGUCAUUCGGGCUGCCUUCUACCGAGACUUUGCCAAACAGAUCGAUCAGUGCUACAUUGACGAGCAAAGCGGCUCAUUACGACUUGAAAGGGACGAGCUGAUCGCAUUCCUGCGCAAGGAGUUCACAAAGCGACUGGCCGCGAAGGGCGAGGUUGACUUCAGCGAUGACACGGAUCUCUUCAGCCUUGGUGUGGACUCCCUACAAGCUAUCCAGAUUCGAAGCGUCAUUCUGAAGACCAAUGAUCUGAAGGGCAGUGAGCUUGGUCGUAACUUCGUCUUCGACUUUCCGACAUUGACGCUGAUGGCAAAUGAAAUCCUGAGACUGCAAACAGGCGAGCCUCAGGAACAGAAGGCGAGCAUCGAGGACCGCAUGGCAGCGAUGAUCAAGAAGUACAGCGACUUUGACCGCCACCAGCCCAUCGAUCGGAAAGCAGAUGGCGACUACAUCGUGGUAACAGGAGCAACAGGAUCGCUUGGCGCUCACGUUGUUGCGCGGCUAGCUUCUCAACACCGUGUACGCAAGGUCUACUGCCUAGUCCGAGCAUCCAGUACCUCCAACGCCUCAGCACGAGUCGAAGAGUCCCUAAGAUUGCGACGUGUCCACGAUGACCUGUCUCUCGAAUCUCUCCAGAAAAUCAUCGCCUUGCCUUCGGACUUCUCCAAUAGCCUCCUUGGUCUAGAGUGGCGGAUCUACGACGGAAUCGCCAAAGACAUAACCCACCUCCUCCACCUCGCCUGGUCCGUUAACUUCAACAAGAACCUUGAAAGUUUCGAAUCAGACUGUAUAGCCGGCGCCAAGAACCUCAUCGACCUCUGCCUCAAAGCAAAGCGGCCUCAACCUGCGACUUUCAACUUCUGCUCCUCUGUCAGUGCAACAGUGCGGACACCUGGCGGCGUUGUACCCGAAGCGCUCCCUGAGUCGUUCUCAUACGCACAGGGCAUGGGAUAUGCUCAGUCAAAGCACGUCACAGAGCAUCUCUGUGAUCGCGCGACAAAAUCGAGAGGCAUAAAAGCUCGGGUUCUGCGAGUCGGCCAGGUCAUUGGUGAUACGAAACAUGGUGUGUGGAAUGCGACUGAGGCUAUCCCGAUGAUCUUGCAGACUGCGAAGACGGUCGGUGCCCUACCGAAGCUGGACGAACGACCUUCAUGGUUGCCGGUCGAUGUUGUCGCUCAGACGUUCGUUGACAUUGGGACUUCUGACACGGAGAAAGGACUCUUCAAUCUGGUGAACCAUGGCAGUUUCCACUGGGCUGGGGAUCUGCUGCCAUUGCUACGAGCGGCAGGCGUGGAGUUCGAGGAGGUCGGGCAGAGGGAGUGGAUCAGGAGGUUGAGGGCAUCGAAUCCUGAUCCGGAGGUGAACCCUCCGAUCAAGCUUGUUGACUUCUUUGCUGGGAAGUACGAUAAUGAUGACAAGAAAGGGAGUCUGAGUUAUGAUACAACGGUGGCGCAGGAGUGCUCGGAAGCGUUGAGAGAGGUGGGAGUCUUGGAUCAGGAACUUGUGGGCAAGAUUGUGGCUUACUUGAAGUCAAUUGGGAGUUUAUAG